AUGGAGAAGAAGCGGAAGCUCCCUGCGAGGACGUCGGCCCGCGUCGAGAAUGCCAACAAACGCCGCAACUUGACUCCGCGAGCCGACCGCUCCGUCACGCCUCCUCCGCCGCCCGAGCCUGUCGUCAAGGAGCCGUCGCCAACGCCGCCGCCGCCGCUGCCGACCUCGCUCCAGCCCGGGCAGCCGUUGCCCACCGUCGAGACUGCGCAGCCCGAUGACCUGUCCACCAAAGAGUAUCAAUCAAUUUCAGAAAGGCAUUUCACCCUCCACAGCGGCGUUCUUGCGGAAUCCCUCUCGCGGUCUCGAUAUCGAUGGAUCAACGAUGGGCUCUUUGAAAAGUUUUGGACCAAGCCUCACAAGCGCAAGGGCGUGCUGAAUGAGGAUCCAAAGAACCCCCCCAAAGACAGCAUGACCCGAGUCGGCAACGUCACCAUCACCAUCGAGCCGCACAUCUUCGAGGCCACCAUGUACGUGGUCAAGGAAGCCAAGCAGCGUCCUCCCCCGCCCCGGACACCGCAGCAGCCUCAACCGCUCGCCCGGCCGGUGCUUCAAUAUGGCCCCCCGAAUGGCUCGAUGCCCCCUCCGCCUGCGCCUGGAUCGGCGGCCUCGACGCCAAUCCCAACCGCAGCCACCACCCCCAAGCCCCUCGCUGCUCCGAGCCCUUCCCAGCGACCAGCGACGUCCUCGCCGAGCAUCUCGGGGCUUCAGCCUACACCUUCGCCGCUUACGACGAUCAACGUAGCGACAUCACCAUCGCCCAGCCCGGCACUCUCUGCGCAGCCUGCUGGUCUGUCCCCUGCGCCUCCACCUUCACUUCCGGCAGCAGCAGCAGCUCCUCCGCCUCCGAUUCGACCGCCCACGAACCCCCUUCCAGGACAGCAGCAAGCUUAUACCGGCACGCCGUUAGCGAGACCACCACCACCACCGCCGCCGUCGUCGUCCGCGACUGCAGCGCCGCAUACACGACCGGCCAAUGCUGGGCCAGCUCAGUCUCCAGCUGGGGGCAAGCCAGCAGCGCCAGUUGCGGGACGUCCUCCGGCAAAGCCUGUCCCCAACGACCCGGUGAUUGCUCUACUGGCUCAGAAGGCUUCGGGGGAUCCGGAGCUGCGAGACCUCAUGAAGAGGGUUGCCGUGGGUCAGGCUAAACAAGGGGAGCUGGACCGCUUCCAGAAGAUUAUUGAUCAGUUGAAUGCGGAAUAUCGGCGGAGCGGCGGACAGCAGGGUCCUUCGGCCGACAGGCUACUUGUAGAUGGAAGGACAGUCAAGUAUUUCGCAGAUGAAGUGCGAACCAUUCUCGACAUCGUUCUAGCCUCAAACCCUCGUCAGAGAUCAAACGAACUGAGGCCGCCGCCCAGGAGCGAUCCUUUGGUCGUACUGCUUGUCAAGGCUGCUUUGGAAGAUCCCAAAACCAGCGACAUGAUUCGACGCAUUGCUGAGGGGCGUCCCGGAUUUACCGAUGCCACAGAUCUGAAGGAAAUCCUCGACCGCCUUCACAGAGACGCAAAGGCCCCUUCUCAGGCGCCGCCUGCACCUCCACAAGCAAAGCAGCCGCCAAGUGAAGCUCCCAAUGGCCACAUGCGACCUUCGAAUCCACCUGGCCCCCAGCAAGCAAACCCUCAGGCACUGCGGUCCAAGGGACCACCACCGGCGCCGAAGCCCGACAUUUCCGCUGUAGUGUUCGAUUUUGGAACCGGCGAUCGCUAUCUGUUCCCCAAGUUUAGCAUCCUAGAGUACCUGCCCAGCUCGUCUGGCCAGGAAGUGGUUGCAUCGUUCCUUAUUGUCCGCAAAGGAAGCACGUCCGAGUAUGGCGGGGACCCCAAGCUUGACUACUACCAACCCGUCACGAUACGCAUCUCUACACAAACUGGACGCAUUCUGGAAAACUUGAUGCGCGUAGUGGCCCCCCAAGAUGAGGUACGGCGAUACAUGGACGACGUUAUGGACAACAUGACGCGUGCCGAGUAUGUGUUAUUGGCAAUGCAUCUGCCCAGGGCGUUAAAGGAUGACAGGCCAAACGGCGUGUCCGACGAACCAAGGACCAAUGGCUCAACCCCCAAGGUCGAGACGGAGUCUGAGCAGACCGUGGAAGUGAAACCGUCGGUUCUCUGGACCAAAUCGGCACACUCGACCAAACAGCUCGAGUAUCUGAAACCUCCUGAUCCUGAGGAAGAGAACGAAGCCAAGUAUAGGCGUCUUAUCCAGUCUGUCACAGCAAAAGAAGUAAAAGAGUAG